GACCAGGGUACGACUGUUUUGGUUUGCUGCGUAAAUAUUAGAAAGUAAACGUGAUCAGACGUUGUUGGGGAUACCAGUGGGAUUGUUUUGUUUGCAGCACUCCUCUCAGCUGAUUGCUGGUAACACAUAGAAUUCUUUUGAAUUAGGAUUAAAGAACAAUGGAAGAAGACAUCAGUAAGUCUCUGAAAAGUGCAUUAGAAGAUGUGCUAACUGAAGAUGAAGCAAUAGAGAAUAACUGGACAUUUGUCCUCACUGAAAAUGUUUCUCUUACGAAGAAUAAUGGUGCAGACAUGUCUGACAACUACAGUGAACAAGGGAGUGAUUCAGGCAGCUCAAUUGUAGUUAUUGAUUCCCCAGUCCUGCCUUCCUGCGAUUUACAUCCAGUUUUGGGUGACACAGUCAAUCAACAGUUAUUAAAAAAUGUUGAGGGGCAAUCAGAAGGUUUUGAUUUGUCUGAUAACAUCUCCUGCUCUUCCCAUCAAUCAAGUAACAAUGGAUUUUUAAAAGAAUGCAGCCCCUAUGAAGAAAUGGAACAGCCAGAUACUUGGGACUGUGACCAUGAAGCUGAUCAGCCUGAUGGUGAAGAAUCUAAAACAUCAAACAAUUCAUUAGCAAAUAGUCAGUUGCUUGUUGAAGACAUAGAAGCCCUUGUGGUCCCAACUGAAAAUGAUGUGGAAACAAACACAAAUCUUGAAUUUGUUCAAAAUGAGAAAACCAUAUUAAAAGAAUUUCUUGUUGCUGAGAAUUCACCAUUAACAAAUGAUGUCACCUGUCAAGAAGAUCAAAGCGUUUCUGAGAUUGAAUCCGGCGAUAGUUUCGUAUGUGGCAUCGUCCUUGAAAUAAUUCAAACAGAAGAAAUUAGAGUGAAAGAUUUUGCUGAUCACCAACAGAUAGACAAUUUAAUCGCAUGUGUAGAAAAACAGCAAAUUCUUUCUGAACCGGAAGUUAGUGGUUUAGAAAAUGACGUCAAUCCUGAAGUAUCUCGAAAUGAAGAUGCUGUAAUAUUGAGUGACUCCUCUAAGAGCGAAAGAGAUGAUGAAAUCGCUUGCGUCGGUGAGCAACAAGUGGAAGUUAGUUUUAAUACCGAUCUAACUGAUUCGGUCGCCUAUAUUGAAGACAAUAUAAACUCCACUGAAACGCCAGAAGAUACCAAAGCAGCUCAAUCUAUUGAUGCGCCUGUUUCUGAAAGAAAAGUCGAUUUCGACGAGGAUACCGAAUCUUCCAAUCAUGAUCCUACUCAACCUGAUGAUCAGUCCAGCUAUUCUGUGGACGAUGAAUCAGAGGAUGAAACUUGGGAUUUAAGUUUAGAAGCGGUAGUGAACGCUAAUUCACUGGCUUCGUCCGUUUCGAGUCUUGUACAGCCUCCAUUUUCUCCAUCGCCCAUGGUGAUUCCAGCAGACGGGUAUCAACGAAGUCAUACGAUGUUGAAACCUGAUCUCUUGGAAGAAGCAAAUCGAAUUGAAGAACUAGACCUAAUGGACUAUUCUGCUGUGACUAAUCCAGACCUUCCAGCUGAUAUAGUUGUAGCUAACAUCGUUCCAGAUCGACACUAUGUGCACCGUCCCAAUCAGCGUCUCAACGAAAAGCUAAGUUUCGUUAUGGCUUUCGCAUUGGCUGCAGUUUUCGGAUUCGCCAUAGGCCAUUUAAUAGGACUAUCGGAUAACUUUCCCUCUCGUUGCAGCCUACGAGAGGAGCAGAUGAAGCACGACGGCUCUCGUUCAUAUGAAGGAUGGACUGAAGAAGAUUGGCUAGUUGAAGUCAAGCGUCUGGCAUCUUAUAAUGAAGAGUUAAGCCGGACACUGAAGGAACUCUCUGGCCAGGACUCGACAAGUUGUCGCUUUGAUUUUCAAGUUAACGAACUAAUGACAGAAAACUGGGACCUAAAGCAGUCUAUUGGACGAAUUCGCUAUGGCAAACCUACUCGAUCAGUAGAAGACCGUGACACUAUCAACCGUCUUCAAACAGAAAAUCAAGAUCUCCGCGCUAUCGUCGGUAAAUUACGCUAUCGCUGUGGUGUGCAACCCAUUUCGAGUCCAGAGCAACAGGAUCAAGCGAUCUCAACUCCAUCAGAGACCUUCGUUCCGCGGCCGUCUGCAGCCGAACCACUCUGGAAUACGUUUGGAGUCAAUCUGACAAGCAAUUGGAAUCGUUUGAUCAACAAUGGCCACAAUCGUUCUAUAGAGGAUCAGCUAAAUGCAGUGAAGGAAUCUGCUAUAGAUUUUAUUCGUUUAAUUGGGCUGCGACAAGAUGAGUUGAUUAAUCUAACUAGAGAGAACAACAAUAAGGUCACAGAAAAAAUGGAAGCCAGAUUUAAAAAAUCUGUAAAGAAAACGGCCGAUUUGUUAGAACGCGUGAAUAAAGAACACGAAUCUUUCACCUCCUUAUUGGAAGAAGUCGAAAAUCGUUUGGAGAAACUUCGCUCCAAGUUGGAAUUCCAUUGGUCAAAUCUAUUACAAUCCUAUUCCGGUGCUGGCAAUAGAUUUGUGACUUCAGAAAAUACCAAGCCUUUGAAUUCCGACUGGUUCCUUUCGAUGGGGAAACAACGUGACAAAAUGCGACGCAGCGAGAAGCAAAGCGAGUGGAUGUUCGAUCGAGCCAAAAACCGCGAACUAGAACGCAGAUCCCGAAAAUUCCAAACAAAACAAAAGAAGCAGAAAACCUUCCAGGGAAAUUCCUGGAACCAUUAUUCGUCUUGAGCCCUUAUUUUUAAUUUUAUUCUUCAAUUGGAAGUGUGUUAAUUGUAAAUGUAAUGUGAGCCUUUCGAAUUAGGCAAUUUUAUUUUUAUUUGAUAACGUUCAAAAUUAACUAUCUUUCCUUAUUCGAAAUAAUCGUUCAAUAUUAUUUUUCUGUCUUUCCCUACCCGCUGUUAGUUCAAGUUUCUUCUACCAGUGCUCGAUCAGUUUUCAGUGACUGCAAUAUAAAGCUUUAGUUGGGGAUAAUUCGCCAUUCUGGUUUGAAAACUUCGCAAUCGAAGAGUUCCCGUAAAUCAUAGAAGUGGCGGACGGGUCCAUCUUCCGUUGCUGGGACCUUUGAUGUCUGAUUCUGAUCCAAAUUCUAUAUUUUUUUCUUUGCAUUAGAACUCUCAAUUGUGAAUGUAAUAACGAUAUUUAGGGAAAUAAAUAAAGUGUGUACGCGGA